UACAUGAACCAGCAUGCAAACUGUUGCAAACUGUUUCCCAAAUUGCUCUGAGUCUACUGGGCAGUCGAGCGGACCCCUCUCUCAUGGCCUCCCUCGCUGUCGCCGACGUCGUGCAGCUCAGUACGCCGCCAGAGAAAAAGUCGCCGCUUGGAGUGGGGACGUACACUGUGGAGCUGCCCCUAUCUGCAUGGGAGAUCAAAGAAGGGGAACAAAUGCGGGCGCAGGAAAAGGUCGAACUGGUCAGGGACAUGGCCCUUGAUGGGCCUUUUCCUGAGCAUUCCUCGUCAUCGUCUUUAAAUGACCACCAAAGUAUGAUUCGCGAAUCUCAGGUUGCCCCACACGCACUCCAUUCCUACGAAACAGGCUUAUCCGAGGAGCUCGUAGACGGUUGUUCCACCAAGGCAGCCUCUCCGCCCUCGUUGCCGCACAUGUUCGCUAGUCGGGAGCGCCCCAUGUCAGUCCUUAGUGCUUCUUCACAGGACACACACCACUUCAACAGCACUUAUCAUUAUUCUGCUUCUGAACCUGGCCACGGACACCGUCCUUCAUUCUCUUCGGCUUUCUUUCCUCCCCGAACAGGGAAGUCUGUUUCCACACGUCGACCAUACCAUCACGACGAAAAUCACAUAGGGCACGAAGUCCCUUCUUUACGUAUGUCGAGUAUAAAUGCUGGACAUCGAACACCUUUAUUCGCCGGCGCAGAAUUGGCGUCUGAUGUUGAUCGUCGCUAUUCGGAUGCCAUGAUGACUUAUCCUUCCCACUUCCCUUCAUCAGUGUUAUCAGCAAAUGAACAUGGUGCUCCCAUGCCACAACAUCAAGCCCCCAUCCGCCCGCCCCGCAAUAAACUCAGGAAACCCCCACCAUCGGGGUAUCGACCUCCCUCUGAGAACCCCUCUAGAAAUAUGUCCAUCUCCUUGACUUCCAGACCCCAGAGUCCCUUCUCCAAAGACACGCUCAUUGACUUGACGCAUUCUCCUCCCGCCACCUUUAACGGCCGAUCCCCACCUCCCGCGUUCCCGGGCACCAGUAGUGAAACCGCACAGUAUUUUGCUCAAACCUCUUCUCCUUCGCUGACUAGGAGACCGACUAGCCCUCAAUAUGCUAGUGAAAGCACCAGCGCGAGCUGUGCAAGCCGGAGUGGGAGUGCCGAAGACUCGACAUUCUCCGCGUCUUUGUACGCUUCCACUGCACCCACGAGUCCUUCUACGACCUCAGACGGCGCACACAAAUAUUUGCAUUAUUCCCACUCUCAGAGCUCUCACAUUACCCCGACGUAUUCGGCGUAUCCCUCCGGACAUGAAACUAAUGGAUCACCUUGCGCUGCUCCUGACGCAUAUGCCUAUUCCUCUCCUAUACCAUCUCCUGAAGCCCCCUUCCUUUCCUAUCAAUCACCUGCAAAUACCCCUAGUAUCUCUCAGCCACCACAAUCCAGCCGAUCUCCGCACUCCCCUCGGAAAUUGACGAAACGGAGACCAUUCUCACCACCACCGUUACAAUCGCAGUCGCCGUCAUCGGGCAAGUUUGCAGGGGGGAGUUUACCGCCACCUGCAAGGAGUGCAAAAGAGGCUAGGUCGAUCGAGAAUGGACAUGCUUAUGCAGUCGAUGGGUUUGGAGGGGUCGAUGAGAAUGUAGGGAGGAAGAGGAGCAUACUCGGGCUCAAGAUUGGGUUUAGCCAUAGGGACAAGAAUAAGGGGGCUAAAGGGAAGGGGAAGAAUGUUGGGAGUUCACAUAAGGCGGACGCAGAGGAACAAAUGUACGUGACUGAACUGGGAGAGAUGGCCAUGGGAUUGGGAAUACAGAACGCGGGGUUGAGGUCAUCAAUGUGGUCUGUGCCAGAAGGCGAAAAGAUGCCAGACACUUACACCUCCUCACCUUCUCUACCCACGUCUCCCACUUGUCCUCAAAUUCCUACAAGCAACACUCGCCGAAGAAGCUCCACUAUCUCCUCUAACUCUCAUAUCGACCGAACCUCACGCGCUCUUUCCGAUCUUGCAUUCACCGGAACGACUUCCGCGCUGUCAAGUAGUGCACUUGCUGCAUUGACUGCGCGACUAAGCACAUAUGAAGGUUCGCCAGAAUGGGUCGAUGUUGCUUUGGAACCUAUCUAUCAGUAUGAUCCCUACCCGUACGAUUCAAGGCUUGAGGUUAAAAGUGAUGACGGGCAUGGGCAGACUUCCAAGGCAAGUGUCGAUAUGGGAGUUGGAAGUGGAGGCAGGAGAAGAGGAAUGUCUGAGAUAGGACAUGGGACGAAGAGUCCGCCUUCGAGGUCCAGUUCGAUUUCGUUCUUGAAUCAGGAUCCGUAUCCGAGUAUCUAUUCUCGUACUCAACGUUCAUUCCCCCUUCCACGUGCUCGUUCUCAUUCGUAUUCUCGGCCCCAUUCCCAUCCGAGUCAAGUUCAACAUCGAGACUUUGCUCAGAAUUCAAGAGCUCACUCUCAAACACAUGACGUUUCCGAGUCCCCCACAAAAGAAGCCGAUCCUGUGGCGAGUAUGAGGAGAUGGACGUUGGCUAUGACGGAUGUUUCGGAUGAGGUCCUUGUGCAGGAGUUGGAGAGGUUGAGAAAGGAAAGCGCGGCGGCUCUGAAUGGGAGGGGAAGAGUCAAGAAGAAAGUAUCGCUUUCUAACACUCAUGUCUCUUCGUCUGAGAGUGGAGGCACUGGUGGUCAUGGCGAACAGGGGACUGUGGAGGGGAAGGUGAUAGUGAUCGAGAAGAAGAAUCGACGGGGCAGUGGAUGUGAUUUCGUUUAUGGCGGACCUUCUGUUAACGGGGCGUCCCCGACGAGGGUGAGGAGUGGGAAGUUUCAUGUCGGUGUUCAUCAAGAUGACAACCUUGACCACCUCUCUGAUGGAGACGAAUCUGAAGAGGAGGAACCUCUUUCCGAUGAAGAAGAAGACGACUUUGAUGAUUCUUCUGACGACUCUGACUGGAAAAUCGCCCGACGCGCACUCCUCUGCUGUCGUGAACUCGUCCUCACCGAACGGACUUAUCAAUCUCAUCUCCGUACUCUCCUCUCAGGAGAUAUUUCACCUACAUCUCAACAUUCUCGCGUUCCCGCCCUCGUACUUUCUUAUCUCCCAGCUUUACUCAACGCAAGUCAAGCAUUCUUAGCUAGGGUGGAAGAUGAUCCUAGCGCGUGGGGCGUUAGUGCUGCCUGGUUAGGAUGUGAAGAGGAGUUGGAGAGUGCGUUUGUAGGAUGGUGUGGCGUUGUGGGUGAAUUGUUCGUUGAUAGGGAGGAGGGGAAGGAUACCGGGAAGAAGUUGUUGAAAAGUGGGCCCCCUUCUGCUACUAGCCGUAGAGGGAGUAUGUCAGUUCUGGCUGCUCAUGAAAGGAGUAAGAACGGGACGCCCUCCCUCUCGAUGACCGCUCUUACUUUACAGACUUCAAGGAAACACAGACCCAUGUCCGACAUGGACUUCCCCCCCUCUUCCUCCCGCUCUACUAGAGACGAGCCGAUGUCCAUCCCUCCGGUGAUGACGAAGAGCUUUUCUCAUGGCUCUGGAUUGUUCACUGCUGCUUUAGGUACGGGACUUCCGUUUGGUCUUUCGACGUCACCACCAAAAAGGUCAACUGCUUCAUCGAGUCCUGCUUUGGCUGGACCGAUUGCUGUGAGGUCUGGGUCGGACAGUGGAUUCUCGUUCUCUUCCUCGUCUUCGCCUAGGAUGAUGCCUCUUACCACUAUCAACACCAAUAUCAAUAUCAACACAAAUACAAAAGGACAGCAGCAGCAGGGUCAGAAUGGUUCGGUCUCUUUGACUAGAAGCUUUACGGCUGCGUUGAGACGGAAGAGUUUUCUUGGGUCUAGUGUCAGUUUGCCUAGUGGGUUGUUGUCGACUGAGAAGAGGGAGAGGGAGAAGGAGAAGGUUAGGGAGAAGAAGAUGUUGAAGAAGGGGAAGGGGAGGGAAGGGGAGAAGAAGGCGAGUGUGAGGGAGUUGGCUAUUCAGCCUACUCAGAGGAUUAUGAGAUAUGUGUUGCAGUAUCGCGAUCUGUUGCAACAUACUCCUGUCUCGAGCCCCUCGAGAGCACUCGUCGAACGCGCUUUGGAGAGUGCGGUGAGGAUCGCACAGAAGUGUGAUCGUGCGCAAGGGAAUUCUGCUUUUUUGCGUAGAUGAAAAAGAAACACGGCCUUUGGACUCGCAAGCUACAAAGGUUUUAUGACUCAUGAACGACAAACGACGAACGAUACAUAUACCCACUCAUUUCAUUGGUUCUGUUCCAGAUUAUGUUUUAAUCAAUUCUGCACGUCCUCCCCCCCCUUUUUUAAUGCAUCUCUCGGUCUCAAAUUAUCAACUGUAACUCGUAUCCCGUUCACCAUCGACCCUCCCCAUUGCAUUUUAUUUCACUUCAUUUGACGUCCUUGCAUUUCUUCUGCCUGCAUUUUUCUUUUUACAUCUACUUCUAGUCCCCGCAUCCACACCCAAUCUCUUAUUUUCCAUCAUUAGACAUCCGACAACUCACGUCCUUCAUGAUAAUUCUCAUCUCUCUCCCACACCCUCAUUCCUAACUGUCUCAUCUUAUUCAUCAUGCAUCCCUACCGAACCUUUCCCUUUACUCGGUCGAUCGUCGACUGACCUGCCACGCGCUACUGUACCUGCUUUCAAUGUCGUUGCACGCAUCUCUAUCACCUACCCUGCUGUACAACUUGUUAUUUUACUGUUACUUGCAUGUAUGCCUUUACACACGAAGUCAUCACCAGUUUUAUUGUAUUUCUCUAUAAGGUUCUAUAUUUCACAGCAGACUUG